AUGGCCAACUCCGAUAUACGACAAGGUCUAUUCAAAGAUGACACUGCGAAACGAAUUGUCAUCAAAGUCAAGACCCAAACUUUGAAUCCCGAAAGUUACUUUGCUUCGGCAACAAAUGUAGUUUCCGAGAUUUUGCCUGGGUGGGAAAGCGACCCUCGCAUGCUUUUGCUCGCCAUUGACCUGUGGAGUGAGCGCACCUUUAUUGUUAUUGAUAUCAACAACCGCGAUUACAACUUUCGCACGGCACACAAGAAUACGACAGUGUUCCCGGUCUAUGUUCUUCGACAGCAUGGAAGACGGCAGGACUGGGUAUUGGUGAGAUGGCAUCAACUGGAUGAACGUAUGAGUCUACAGCUAGCGGAUCUCCAUAGAGUCAAUGGCUAUGAUGCUACCCUGCCUUUUCUGGAAAAUCACAACACACGCAUCGUCCACGAAAACCCCCGCGACCUCCCUGGCCGACCGUUCAAUAAUUGACAAUAAACCGUUUGGUCUUGAUUGCUUCUUGAAUUUUCAACAACACUGAUGGAAUCCACAAGCAUGUCUCGACACAGGUUGAACGAGAUGGAGAGUCUUUAGGGCUGGGCGUCGCCGGAUGUUCCCAGAUCACGUGGACCCCUCAGAAAAGACCCCCAAAGCAGUUAUACAGAACGGGUUAUAGUUAUGUAGGAGACUGGACUAGUACUCAGGGGCAGGCCCGGCACGGUGGGA